AUGUAAUGUGAAGAUUUAAUUAAGUAAAGGCAAAUAGAAUUGCAAAAAGGCUAAGAAAUAAUUUAGAACAAUGAAAAAAUCAUUCAAUAAUUGUAAAAUUCUUUGGUAUUAGUAGAAUAUUAUUUAAAGUAGGUGUAGUAAUUCUCUUAAUCACUGACAUUCUCAACAACUUAUAAACAUAAUCACUUUUCAGUAACUUAAAAUGGAAAACUUAUUGAGACAAGUACACACGUUUGGUAAUGUUAUAUGUAUGAUUAAAUGAUUCCUAAGAAUGGUGUGAUCUAAUUUGCUGUUUAAAUUAUUCAAAUUAAUGCUAUUAUGAUUGGAAUUGGUUUUAGGGAUAUCGUGUAGAGUAAUGCUAUUAAGAUCGCCAUUCUAUUGGAAGAGGGUAUAUUUAUGAUAUUAAUACAAAUAGAACAUAUAAUAUAUAUUUCAAUGCUUAAUGUUAUAAUCAUGAUUAAUACGAUAAGAAUGGGAACAUAUAGCAUUUACAUUUUCUACAAAUGAUAUAAUAAUAGUUGAAGUUGAUAUUGAAAAGAAGUAUGUGAAAUGGACAAAGUAAUCCACAAAUGAAUCAUUCGUAUCAAUUUCUAUUUAAAAUUAGACUCUUACUAUUGAUACAUCCAAAGAUUUAUAUCCUUGUGUACACUUAUGUGGUCCAUCUAAAGUAGAGAUAUUAAAUUAACUGUUUAAAUGA